CAGGAACCCCUGUACCCUUCUCUCUUUUCUGCUCCCUUUUCAUUUUGCUCCCUAAUCAUCCAGACAGACCAGCUUGUGCCGCGCAGCCAGACAGACACAAGCAAUAGGUAUUCUUUCCACAUGUCUGUGCAGGUUUAUUUUUAUUUCAUUAUAUAAUUAUCGUUAUAUAACAGUUAAGAGUCAAGACAUCUGCACGUUUGACCGAAAACAGCUUGACAUUUUACGGAAACCACCAAGCUCCUCCAUUGUCCCGCCUUCCAGACGCAUCCUAACAGUAAUACCACCACCUCCACCACCUCCACCACCACUUCCACUGACACACCACCACCACUGACACACCAACAUCACCCUUAUCAUGCUGGCAUUCUAGGCCUGUCUCCCAAGCUGUGUCCCACCCAAGACUGAGGCAGCUUCUCCCACGGAGCUCCACACCCCCAGGGGGACCAUCACAGAGAUGGCUGAUUCAGACCCCUCGUCCCCCUCCGAUCCCCCACAGCCUCUGAGCUACCCCCGCACCCCCCUCUCCCUGUCCUUCCCCUUCCUCAGGCAGGGAAGUCGGGUGUGGGAAAGGGAGAGGAAACCCCCCGUGAUGCCAGGCGAGCUGCCCAGCCCUCUGCCCACCAAACGCACCCGCACAUACUCAGCGACGGUGCGGGCCAGAUCAGGCCCAGUGUAUAUGGGCGUGUGCAGGACCUUCUACAGGUGCCAGGGUCAUGGCUUUAUAAAGCCCUCCAACGGUGGAGAGAACAUCUUUGUACACAUCUCUGAUAUCGAUGGAGAAUGCGUUCCGAUGGAAGGUGACGAGGUCACGUACAAAGUCUGUUCCAUCCCCCCCAAGAACCAGAAGAUGCAGGCGGUGGAGGUGGUCAUCACCCACCUGGCCACAGGAACCAAGCAUGAGACCUGGUCUGGACAGAUCAUCAGCUCCUAGACCUCCACCUGCACCUGGAGAGAGGCGGUGUGGGGAAGAGUGGAGGGUGGGGUUGGGGAGGGAAGGUGGGAAGGAGCCUGAAUAGGUAAAGGGGAGGGAAGAGGGAGAAGUGGAGUCCAGGGUAGGGAGAGAAGGUGGGGAAGGAAGGAGCCUAGAGAGGUAAACGGGCAAGGGGAGCAGAGGAAGGAGUGAAUAAGUAAAGGGGUUGGAAUGUGGUAUAAGGUUUAAGAUGGCUUUAUGUAGGUUUCAGUUGGAAUGUGAAUGAGGAAAAGUAAAUUAUUUAAUUUUAAGAAAAAAUAUCAAGGUUAACUUUGAUUUAAGAUUAAAGGUUGAUGGUUUAUUUAAGAUGAUUUAAAAUAGCAGGAGUCGAGUAAGUUUAAUAAAUCACUGUUGUAGGGAAAACGUGAAACAGAGCAUCAAACCUUCCUAAAUUAUAUUGUUUUUAUUCAUACUUUUGAUUGAUUGAUUGACUUAUUUAUUUUCCAUUUGUUAUGACAGGUGAGGUAGAUGUUGUAGAUCAGAUUGUUUAUAAAUGUGUGUUUUUGUGCCAAUAUAUACCUGGUCUAACCCAUUACACAAUUCACUCUGAUGAUACUGCCCUUGUAACGCAUACUCCUUCAGUCUAAUGUUGACCAAUGACCAUUUAUUCAUCUUUGUAACAGAGUUACUGAUGAUUACUAUAUGAGGUUCAAAACCCUUUUUUUAUCAUUAAAACCAAUGCUAUCCAGAUUAA